GAGCUCUACGGCGUCCUCGACCCCCAAACGCGCGACUGGACAGAUGGGCUGCUCUCAAAGAUCUUCCGCGAGAUGAACCAGCCGCAUCCGCCAGACAAGCCCCUGAGGAGAUACAUCCUCUAUGACGGCGACGUCGACGCCAUCUGGAUUGAGAACAUGAACUCCGUUAUGGACGACAACAAGCUGCUGACCUUGACCAACGGAGAGCGUAUCAGGCUCGAGAAGCACUGUGCCAUGCUCUUCGAGGUCUUCGACCUCCAGUACGCGUCGCCGGCUACUGUGAGUCGAUGCGGCAUGCUGUACGUGGAUGACAAGAACUUGGGCCCCGGCCCAUACUACGACCGCUGGCAGCGGCUCAAGCAAACGGAGAAGCUGCGUGAGUCACUGGAGGACUUGUACGAGAAGUACGUGCCCCACUUGAUCUCGUUCAUCUUCGACGGCCGUCAGGGGGAUCAGAUUGGGUCGCCCCUCACGGGCUUCAUCCACCGGUCGAACAUGGGCAUGGACUCCGUGGUGCAGUUCACUCGCCUCUUUGACUCCAUCUUCGACGAGGGCACCACGCCCAUCGACCUGGUGGAGAACAUCUACAUCUUCUGCCUGACAUGGUCGUUAGGCGGCCACCUCGACGAGAAAGGCCGCGUGGAGUUCAACGACUUCAUCAACAAGCUGGCUCAGAAGGUGCUCCCGAAGCAGUCCCUCUUCGACUCGUACUUCGAUCUCGAGCAGGGCCGAUGGACGUCCUGGGAAGACCUCAUGGAGGCCUUCGCUCCUCCUCCGGGCAUCGACUUCAACAAGAUCUUCGUGCCCACCAUCGACACCACGCGCUACUCCUACCUGGUCAAGCAGUUCCUGAGCAUGAACCAGCCAGUCCUCUUCAUCGGCGAGAGCGGAACUGCCAAGUCAGUCACCAUGCAAAACACACUGGAGAGCUACAGCUCGGAUGCGUCGGUGAUCUUGAACAUCAACUACUCGUCCCGAACUAGCAGCUUGGACUUCCAGAGGACCAUGGAGGACAACAUCUCCAAGCGGACAGGCCGCAUCUUUGGCCCAGAGCAGGGCAAGAAGCUGCGCAUCUUCAUCGACGACCUGUCAAUGCCGAAGAUCGACCUUUACGGAACUCAGCAGCCGCUGGCCCUCCUGAAGUUCCUCAUGGAGCGUAUGUUCAUGUAUGAGCGCGGUGGUGACCUGGACAAGAUCAUCGUUCAGGACUGCCAGUUCGUGUCUGGCAUGCAGCCACCGGGCGCGGGUCGCAACACCAUCGACCCUCGCGUUGUGUCGCUCUACGCCUGCAUUGGCAUCACCUUCCCGGCCGGCGACACGGUGGAGCGGAUCUACUCCUCGAUUCUCAAAAACAGCUUCUUGGGCUUUGACAAUGCCGUGCAGGAGGCCAGCUUGCAGCUGCCGCAGGUCACCAUGAGCCUUCACCAGGAUCAUCUCCGCUGGCGCUUUCUUUUAUUGCAGCCGCCUGAUGGAAUACCGCGCCACGGCGAGCCGCAGCGCGCCUACCACACCUUGGAGCACCUCGCCGAGAUGUUCGGCUACUUCGAGGAGCACAACGCCUCCCUGGAAGAUGCCAAUGCUGUCAGUUUGGCAAUCUUCUUCCAUGACGUGAUCUACAACCCGCGCGCGGGAAGUCCUCAGAACGAGAAAGAUAGCGCCGACUUGUUCGACGAGUUCGCACAGGAGGCUCUCCCGCCGGGUGCGCCACCGGGGAAGGAGAAGGGCCUACAAGCCAGCAAGGUCAGAAGAUGGAUUGAGCAGACGGCACACCACAAGUGCACAGACAGCGAUGAGAUGGACUGCAAGCUCUUCAUGGACUUCGACAUGGCAGUGCUGGGGAGGCCCUGGGAGCAGUACGAAGAGUACAGAGGAGUGGAAAAUCGAUGA